GGGAUAUACAUAUCAUUUGGCACAUGUCAAAACCUCCGAGAGACGGCUAUCGCUAGCUCUUGCACCGUGACCUUGUGACAACUGCUAGCGCCAAAUCGCGACAUGAUGUGUAGUAGCUACUUCCUCAUCCGUGGUGUGGCCAAUCAAACAUCACGCCUUCAAUAGUCGCAGUCACAGUCAACACUCAACUAUGAUAAUACAAAACCUGUAAUGGUGCCAGUAACAUGGCAAGAAAAUUGCUGCAAUUUCUACUCGUGGGUCGAUCUUUACUCACUUUGUGCUGAUGAUCGUACGAUGGUUGAGUUUGAAGAACCUGGAUUAGUGAGGAGAAAGAUCGGCAGACAGGGGAUAGACCGGGACACAAAUCGUGAACUGUGGGGCGGAGUUUUGUCACUGAGGAUCUUGGAUACGAGCCAGUCGAGAUCCUCAACCCGCACACCAAAUUCCCAUGAUUCGUAAAACGGAAAUAACCAUUUGUGGAAAUGCGUGCGCCACAGUGUCCAGGAACAAGCCAAGGAACAAAGAGGUCGAGUAGUCCGGUCAGAUCGUCUUCUGGAAAAAAAAUCAUGGCAAACUACGACUACUAGAGUUUGAUUGCCCGGGCAGUGUGAAACGACGUGCAGCUGGCUUUGGGAUCCCUACCGAUAGUAAUUCUAAUAGUAAUGGACGUUUUGGUGUUAACCAAACCGUUCGGUAGCGUUAUAGGACCACAUUCAGAGGGGGCGGAUGUUUC